AUGAAAUCUUCUGGCGGCUGCAGAGGCAAGGGCGGGAAGCUUGGCGCCAAGAGCAAGGGCAAGGACAACGUGCUGCUUGCUGCCAGGGACGAUGACAUCAUGAGCUCCAUGGGCGGCGGCAGCGCGAUGAACGUCAAGCCUGAGACGACGCCCGCCGCGAAGUCGCGCCGUGUGUCAGGAGCUUCGUCGGCAGCGGCAGCGGUGAUUUCUCCAGCAUCGGCGAAGACCCCGCAGAAGGCCAUCAUCGAUGCCAAGCCCUACUUGACGAACGCCGGCGUGGAGGCCUACACAGACGAGCUCCUCGAGGCCCCUCAUAAGCGUGGUCGUACUGAGUGCCCCAACACCCUGGCCAAAGCUGAUAACAACGACGAGUUCAAUUGCAAGGUGUGGGGUAAUUACAGCUUCGAGUGGAAGAAGGUCUACUUCCCAGCUGGGCCAGCGAGUUGGGAUUGCGGGCCUGUGUGCGACUCCUUUGCUUUCAUCGGGAACCCUGGGGCGGUGAUCGCCAAGUGCAACGAGGACCAGGCUUUUUCGGAGGUGUUCUGCUCAGCUUUGCGGUCUCGCCAGCACCGCGCGUUCUUCUUUCCCAGCGACGUUUACCGCAGCCAGUCGUUCUUCACCAGGGUGCUGAAGCGCAAGCGUGGGCUCACCGCGUCAGAAUUCGAGGACCAUUUCAAGCAGAGCCACGAGGUCGAGGGCUUCAAGUUAUCGCUGGUCGACAACCCCGACGACCCGACCAGCAAGAUGCAGGUGGUUCUGGUCAACGAUACCGAGCGGCUCGCCGACGACGUCGGCGUCAUCGUUGAGCACGGCGUCUCGCGCUCCACGACCGAGGACGGGUAUAGGCUGAUGGCGGACAACCAGUUGGUGGCGUCCCAGGGCAAGGGCUUCUUUGCCGAGAUGGUUCGCCCGAGUGGGCAGGAGGAUGCCCAGUACAAGCGAUGCCGCCUGCAGGACAUCAGCUACGACGCUUGCGUCCCCAGGCCCGUGCUUUCUCCCGCUGGCGAUGGCGAGCCGGCCGACGGCGCGGAAGCCGCCGAGGCUGGCGGUGAUUUGCCACUGUCCCAGGAGGAGCAGCAAGCUAAGCAGCCUGCCAAGUACGGCUACUGGACCAAGCUUACCAAGGGAAGGUGGGGCUUUGUGGCGACUGUGGCCUGUUGCAGAGCCGAUGACGAAGACAAUAAAGAUGACGAUGACGAUGCCGCUUCCACGGUGUCGGGUGGCGCUGGUGGUCAGCUCAAGUUUGGGGAGAACUUCGAGAGCAUGUUGCAGGAGAAGCUCAGGGCCACCAAUCUCACCACCAUCGCGAGUGGACUGAACAACCUUGGGCACAAGAGGGCGCGUCUGAAGGCCAGGAGAGACACGCUCAGCGGGUCAUCCAACCAGGUCGAGAUCGAUGCCGCGGGGCUCAUCACGAAGCGCCUCGCCUUGGCAGUGUACGCAGAGGACUUGUCGAAACCAGAGUUGCUGCACACGUUGCCUCCAGAUGUGUUCGAGACAAAGAUGACAGCGUUAGUUUCGACGGGCAUGGUGAUACCAGUUUCGCUUGCAGUCGAGAUCGGCAACCGCGCGGCAUCAGACGUGGGGGCAGAGAUCGCGAGCGGCUACUCGGAUGACAUCGUGGGGUUCUUCAAGAUCGUAUUGCCGACGGCGCUGGUGUCGGUUGAGGGCGAGGAGCAGCUGCAGUGUCCCGAGGGCGAGCUUGGCUUUGAUUGGCGGGACCCGUGCGGGUACCAGAUCCCUGGCGAUGCAGCGGCGAAGGUGGUCAGGUUUGAGAGCGCGACCUUCUCCUAUUUGUUGUGCCCGCUGCUGCGGAGCUGGUCCACGUCACGAACUACAGAGCAGUGCAUCGGCAUGUGUCAGAAGAUCGACCAAGUAUUGAUCAACUCAAUGGGGGAGGACGUCGAUGAGGCGAUUCAGUUGAGCGUGAACUCCGCGGUGGAGUGUUUGCGGGCAGCCCAGUACGUCAUGGACCCCGACCCGUUGAACUUCAAGUUCGCGGCCGACUUCGCCGCGCUGUCGGCGGCCGAGCCGCCGCCCUCCGACGGUCAGUGGAAGGGCCUGAGGUUCUACUUCAACGAGCGGAUGUGCGAGACGGCCGUCUUCGCCAACAACGUGGUGUCCAUCAAGAAGACCAAGGUGAAUUGGGCGAAACGGUUCUUGCUGGACUUGCGGCCUUCGGGCGGCAUGGGCGGCAUUCACGGGGAGAGUGGGCGGGUCGCCCAGGUGACCCACCCGCUCAGCGUGGACAAGAUCAGGUUUGCCACGAUGGUCCUUGAGGACCAGGCCGACCCGAUAGAAGUCAUGCCUAAGCUUGAGGAGCGCAUCAAGAACAUGGCAACGUUGAGGAAGAACUCGCGAGAGGGUGCCACCAAGGUGCUCGAGGUGAAGCUCAUGGCCUACCUGGAGGCGUUGGCUGUCAAGGUGAAAGUGAUCUCGGACGCUUGGAGGGCCAACACAGUGGAGCCUUCGGAGUUGCCCUCCCACAUCGAGGUGUUGAAAUCUGUGCAGCGGUUUUUGGGGAUCGCGCAGGACUGCGGUUGUUUCAGGCUUGCUCCGACCAUCACCAGUGCCAUCGAGUCUUGCAAAGAGAUCGGGCGUCUCAUGUGCGUCGAGGUGUCCAAAGCAGGAUUCGGCAGCAUCAUCAGUUCGAUACGGCCCGAAGAGUUGAUGAACCAAGAGUCCAGGGAUAGUUUCAUCGGAAAGGUUACCGAUAUCAUGCGCGUGGCAGAUCUAGAGAAUCCAUUCCCAGCGAACGUCCAGGAGGCAGCAGUCAAUCUCUUGCAGGGCGUGUACCAGAAGAUGAUCGACAAUGCAGAUAACCUUUCAGACGAUACGGUCGGCCUCGUCGGACACGUGAUGCAGCUAUUGCACCCGAGCUCUACCCAGAGGCGUGACUGGAGUGUUGCGCACCGCUUGCUGGGCACAAUCGUUGAGACGAAGACGGCCCAUCGCAAGUACAUCGCGUCUGGUGCUGACCUCGCAGCUCGGAUCGCCAACGGUGACCCCGACGGCAUGGUGUUGAAGCUCCUUUACAGCAGCCGCAAGGCGAUCGAGGCGCAGUUCAGGCAGCUCUCACCGUCCUUCCAGCAAGCAGACUUGAUCACGGACCUUCUGACGAUCACCGAGCAGACGAUCAAGGCCGAUGCCCUCGAGCGCUACCUCCUUGCGAAGGCCGCCGCCAACGCGGUGUGGACUAAGCCAUUCGACGACGGCGACGAGAACCAGAGGAGCCUUGAGACGGCACACGGCGGCACCUUCGACGGCUCGGAUUGGCAUGGCUUGCUUGUCGGCGAUAACACGUCCGCGGCCCUCCACAAGCAUGCGCAGAAGACGCUCCUCACGCUGAACCCAGCGAAAUUCAAUCAGCAGGCGAAUGAGUUCAAGGCGGCUUUCGACAAGGCCAAGACAGAACGGGAAGCUUUCGACACGAGCCCAGACACUGCGUGGGAAGCCGCGCUCGAGGUCAAGCUGAAGAAGGCGUUCACGACCAGUAAGGAAGCGACGAUCAUCGGCGUCAUGGCAUUGGUGAGGGACAAGAACAAGCUGCAGCAGAAAUGUCGCUCGGAGCGCAACUCAGGCAACAGCAGCAAGCCCAACAGCUACCAGGACGCGCACCCAUGGGUCAAGAAGCACGUCGAGGACGCCAUCAACUUGAUGCCCUUGCAGGGCUAG